AAAACUUUAUGUGAUGGGAAGGAGGGCGAGACAGUAGACGUGAUUCAAGCGGUUUUCAGAUGUGUCCCGUUUUGUUUUAAAAGGGAAGGAAAACAUACAAUUAAGGGUACGUCUGACUUCGUUUGUUAAAGACAGGAUUUUAAGCAACAUAAACAAAGGCGGGGGUUGGGGUGGGGGAGAGAAGAGAAAUUCAGAGGGAUUUCAUCUUUCGUCUGGAUUGCACAACCUGUAAAUUUUUGAAGAAACGGUUAAGAGACUGAGCCAUUGCACUCGAGCUGUAUUCCAGGAAAUCGAGACUUUGCAGUAGGACCCGACCCCUGACCCGGGAGAAGGUAAUCAUUAAUUCCCAAAGGCGGCAAAGGGACUAACACCCUGUCCGUACAAGGCAAGGCAGGCAGUGCACCAAAAACUCGGCUCGGCUCCCAAGUAAACCCUCUUUGCUUUUUGCUCAACGUUCGGAAGAUUGGAACAGAAAAGGAUUUCGCACCGUUGGGAUAUCUGCAAUUGAAUGGUGACGAUGACCGAUGGAACUCCAUUGACCCACGAUCAACAGAUGAAGGGAGCCGCGAGUUGUGGAGUGACCUAUGAGCAAGUCGCCGUGCGACAUCGCCGCCUGGAAGUGAUCGAAACCCGAGCGAGAAACGGGGGAAGAGAAGUAACCGGUAACCCGAGCAGAGGGACGAGAGGGGAAUCGCACUCUGGGUUGAAUCAGAAACUAAUUGUAGACUCGACGACAUCGGCAAUCAAUCACCCUAAGGGUCGAUACCAAAGGAUAGUAAUGCACGAACUGGUCAGGCCCCUUCAGCGUCCAGCUCAAAUCCAUAAUCAGGGGGUCAGAAUCGCCAAAGGAAACCGAAGCACGGACUGCACAAUCAAUAACCAAAAGGAAAUAAACCAAGACCAUUGUUUGGGAAUCAUUGAUAAUCAGGUAAUCGGAAACAGACUCAAUGAACUGAUCAUGGGACCGAAAACCGGAGUUUUCCAAAAAACGACCAGGUCUGCUGCUGGUGCAAGAGGAAACUUUAAUUUGUUUGGAUGUUUGUGGCGAUUGUGGACGUUUGUGCUGUUUCACAUCCACGUGCUGCAGACCCUGGCUCAAGAUGAUAUCCCACCAUACUUUAAGACCGAACCAGGGCCACCACAGAUCCAUUUAGAAGGGAAUCGUCUGGUGCUGACUUGCCUUGCCGAGGGAAGUUGGCCACUCGAGUUUAAAUGGUUACGGAAUGACACAGACAUUACAGCGUUCUCUAGUGAAUACAAGUAUGUUAUUCCAUCCCUUCAACGUUCGGACACUGGGUUUUACCAGUGUGUGGUGCGGAACAGACGUGGAACACUUUUGCAGAGGAAGAUUGAAGUACAAGUAGCAUACAUGGGGAACUUUGAAGGAACAGACCAACGAUUAACAGUGGGGCAGGGUCAGGCUGCAGUACUAAAAUCUCCAGCGGUUAACAGCUACCCUCAACCGCAAAUGACAUGGUUUUGUGAUGGCCAAAAGAUCAUCCCCAGCAAUAGAAUAAUGCUAACGCUUGACAAUCAUCUGGUAGUGCUCUCAGCGGCCGCCGCAGAUGCGGGAAAGUACUAUGUGCAAGCAGUCAACGAAAAGAAUGGGGAAAACAAGACAAGUCCAUUUAUCUACCUGAGCAUAGCAAGUAACAAGAAGUGGCGUGGUCAAAGAGAUGCCGAUGACCCUGCAGAUCCAGUGGCACCUACAAUUGUUGUUCCUCCAAAAAACACCAGUGUCGUGGCUGGUACAAGUGAGGUCACUCUGGAAUGUGUGGCUAACGCAAGACCUGUGGACAAACUGAGCAUUACGUGGAAGAGAAGUGGUAUAAUACUUACCAGCGGAAUUGACGCAUUCGGAAGGAGACUAACUAUCUUAAAUCCAACCUCGGCUGAUAUUGGAAUGUACGAAUGCGAGGCUGUAUUGCAAAGCAGCAGCGUUCCUUCCGUCCACAAACGGGCCCACCUAUCAAUUAUAGAACCACCAUAUUUUACUGCACAGCCUGCCACAAGAAUCCUAGGUGAAGUAGACAAGACUGUUGACAUCCCAUGCCGUGCAAUGGGCAUACCGCUGCCCAGUCUGGAAUGGUACAAAGAUUCAGUCCCCAUAAAUGUGUUAAAGAAUAGUAGAUACAAGGAGAUGGUUAGCGGUAUCCUGCAGAUCAAAAGGCUGGUCCCUGAAGAUUCCGGAAUAUUCCAAUGCUUUGCCAGGAAUGAAGCAGGAGAGAUUCAGUCUCCUUCGUAUCUGACUGUUACCAACAUUGCACCAUCCUUCACAAGAGUUCCGUCAGAUAUUGCUGUAACAGAAGGAGCAGCUGCAAUUUUAUACUGUGAAGUUUCAGGAGCACCAAAACCAGGCAUCACAUGGAAGAUGGGCACUAAGAUUUUGGCGAGCGGUUCUGUACAGAUUCCCCGCUUUGCACUUCUGGAAUCUGGCGGGCUGCUGAUAAACCCAGUUGAUGUUGAGGAUGCGGGAACUUACACCUGCCUUGCAGUGAAUUCCAAAGGCGUAGUGAAUGCGUCAGCCAAUGUCACUGUGUGGACCCGGACGUUCAUCUCAGUGCCACCUGAAGAUCGCAGGGUUAUCAAAGGGACAACAGCCGUGCUGACAUGCCGAGGAGCUCACGACCCCAGAAUCACAAUCCAGUUUGUGUGGAAGAGGGAUGGAAAAACUAUUAACACCAAGGUUGAAUCCAAAAUUACCAUAGACCAAGAUGGUUCCCUUCACAUCAGUCAAACCUGGUCAGGUGAUAUAGGCGACUAUACCUGUGAGGUUCUUUCAUUGGGCGGGAAUGACUCCAGAACAGCCCGCCUGGAAGUCAUUGAACUUCCUCACCCACCGAUGAGCCUACAGGCAAGUUUGAAUUCCUCCAAUAGCCGCGCAGUAGACUUAUCAUGGAUGAGGUCCUUUGACGGAAACAGCCCCGUCCUGUACUAUAUCGGGGAGUUGUCUGAAAACAACUCACCGUGGAAGGUACAGUUGUCUAACAUUGAUCCCGGAGUGACGCAUGUCACAGUGAGCGGGCUGACAUCUGCCCGCUCAUACCAGUUCAGAGUAUGUGCAGUUAACCAGCUCGGGAAAGGACAGUACAGCGUGGAGACCAACAGGCUGCUGUUACCAGAAGAGCCGCCAAGUGCACCUCCUCAGAAUAUUGUGGCCAGUGGUCGAACAAACCAGUCCAUAAUGGUACAAUGGCAACCUCCCCCAGAGCAGGAGAUCAAUGGGCUCCUGAAAGGAUAUAUACUCAGGUAUCGACUUGCUGGUCUUCCAGGUGGCUACCAGUUCAAGAACAUCACCAUCCCUGAGGUGACUUACUGCCUGCUGAAAGAUCUCAUCAUUUGGACCCAGUACGAAAUCCAAGUUGCAGCAUACAAUGGUGCUGGGCUUGGGGCAUACAGCAGAGCAGCGACUGAAUACACACUGCAGGGAGUGCCAACAGCACCCCCACAGAACGUUCAGGCGGUCGCUGUCAGUUCCACUGCGAUUACGUUCACAUGGAACCCACCCCCUCAGCAGUUCAUAAACGGCAUUAACCAGGGCUACAAGCUGCUGGCCUGGGCUGCGGACUCGCCAGAGGCAGUAAUGAUGGUGACCAUUGCCCCUGAUUUUCAUGGAACGCUCCACGAGGGGCUCAUCACAGGCCUCAACAAGUUCACAAAAUACUACACAUCUGUACUGUGCUUUACCACACCAGGAGAUGGGCCCAAAAGUUCACUCAAGCUCAUCCAGACACACGAAGAUAAACCGGGAGCUGUCGGGCACCUGAGCUUCAGUGAAAUCCUCGACACCUCAUUAAAAGUCAGCUGGCAAGAACCACAGGAAACAAAUGGGAUCCUCACAGGUUACCAGAUUUCUUGGACAGUGUACAACCAAAAUCACAGCCGACUGACCCGAAUGUUACCUAAUACAACGCAUGAAUUCAAGAUAACAGGCCUGGCCUCCCUAACCACUUACAUCAUCGAGGUGGCAGCCUUGACCUCAGUUGGUAGUGGGGUUGUGACAUCUUCCAGUAUCUCCUCAGGGGUUCCACCAGAACUUCCAGGUGCUCCGUCUAACCUUGUGAUUUCAAACAUCAGCCCUCGUUCUGCCAUGCUGCAGUUCCGGCCGGGCUAUGAUGGGAAAACCUCGAUCUCUAAAUGGAUAGUGGAAGGACAGGUUGGAGUAAUAGGAGAUGAUGAAGAGUGGGGUUUACUGUAUGAAGCAGAGAAUGAACCAGAUGCCCAGGUCUUGGAGAUCCCGAAGUUGAUCCCCUAUACUUACUACAGGUUUCGAAUCAAACAAAUGAACAUAGUGGGCUCCAGUCCUGUAAGUUGGCCUUCCCGCGUAAUCCAAACGCUACAGGCUCCACCAGACGUAGCGCCGGCUAGUGUCACAGUACGGACAGCAAGUGAGACCAGCCUAUGGGUUCGCUGGGUGCCUCUUCCAGAGUCUGAGUAUAAUGGCAACCCUGAAUCAGUUGGGUAUAGAAUUAAAUACUGGAGAGUGGAUGGACAGACUGCACCUGUACUUCAGAUUGUUAAUGAUCGCCUGGAGCGGGAGAUUACUAUCGAGGAUCUAGAGGAAUGGACUGAAUAUUUAUUCCAGAUCCAAGCUUUUAAUGCCAUUGGUUCAGGACCGUGGAGUGAGCAAGUCAAAGGGCAUACAAGGGAGUCAGUUCCAUCAGCAGCACCAGGAAAUGUUUCAGCAGAUGCUGUCAGUUCCACUAAGAUGCUGGUCAUGUGGGGGGCAGUUCCAGAAUCUGAUCAGAACGGACUUAUCCUCGGUUACAAGAUUCUGUACCAAGAGAAGGAUUCAGAUUCAAGCUCUCAUACACAUCUAGUGAAAGGAAACUUCACACAGUCUGUUAUCCUGAAAGGUCUGAGGAAAUAUGUCCAGUAUGAGAUUCGAGUUCUGGCCUUUACCAGGAUUGGAGAUGGAGUAGCCAGCUCACCACCUCUAAUUGAGAGAACAAAAGAUGAUGUUCCAGGUAUCCCCAUCCGGCUGGUGUUCCCUGAAGUCCAGCUAACCUCACUGCGAGUCGUCUGGCAACCACCUGAAAACCCCAACGGCAUCAUCCUAGGCUAUCAGAUAGCUUAUCGACUGGCAUCUGCUGAUCCAAACACAUUCACCACCACAGAAGUCAGUUCCAACGUCCGACAGUAUUCUGCAACAGACCUGCUUCCUGAAUCUCCGUACAUUUUCCGUGUAUUUGCUAAGACUCGACAGGGCUGGGGGGAAUCAGUAGAGGCUGUCGUGAUCACCACAGAGAGUAGAGACAGGCCACAGCCCCCCACCAACAUUUCAGUCUCUCAGUCCGAAGUCCGUGCUCGCAGUUUACUGUUGCAAUGGAAGCCAGGCAGUGAUGGCUCCUCACCUGUCCGUUAUUUCACGGUGCAGACAAAGGAACUACCCAGCACCGAAUGGCAAACACACACAUCUUCAAUUAGCCAUGAAACUGCAUCUUGCAUGAUUGAACGUUUAAAGCCUUACACCUCCUACCAGCUGCGAAUGAUGGCGACUAAUGAUAUUGGAGACAGCGCUUUUAGCACAGAGACUGAGCCCGUCACCACUCUGCAAGAUGUUCCCAGUGAGCCACCUCUUAUUGUCUCUGUGACUCCACGCACCACUACCUCUGUCCUUAUUCAGUGGCAGCCACCAAAGGAAGAAAGUUUGAAUGGCAUGCUGGUGGGUUUCCGCAUUUACUAUCGAGAGCUUGUGUAUGAGAACAUGCCAGGAUUCAGCGACCCUGCUGCCCUGCAGACAGACCUAGCCCCUGAAAGUAGCUUCAAGAUAGUGAGCAGCUCCACAGUAACCAAAUUCGAACUAACACAACUGAAGAAAUACAGAAGAUAUGAAAUCCUAAUGACGGCAUAUAAUGUAAUAGGUGAGAGCCCUUCCAGCACUCCUCAAGAAGUCUAUGUGGGAGAAGCAGUUCCUACAAGACCCCCUCAGAAGGUAGUGGUGAAUCCUCUCACUGCAACCAAGUUGGAAGUUACCUGGGACCCUCCACCAGCAGAGACACAGAAUGGCAACAUUCAGGGUUACAAGUUAUAUUACUGGGAGCUUCAGAAUCAGAACCAAACGCAGAAGCUGAAGAUCCUCUUCCUUCCAGAGACUACCAUUCGACUGAAAAACUUGAUAAGCUAUACUGCGUACAUGGUCAGUGUGUCAGCAUUCAACGCUGCUGGGGAUGGACCCAGGAGUGACCCUGUUGAAGGCAGGACACACCAGGCCGCUCCAAGUGCUCCAAGUUACCUUCAAUUCACAGAGGUCACCACUACCACAUUGAAUGUGACCUGGGGAGAGCCAGCCAUGCCCAAUGGAAUACUAGAGGGAUACCGCUUGGUGUAUGAGCCACUUGAACCAGUACAAGGUGUGAGUAAAGUGGUGACUGUGGAUAUUAGAGGCAACAAUCAGCGUUGGUUGAAGGUUCGGGAUCUUAUUAAGGGAGUUACCUACUGCUUCCAUGUCCAUGCCAAAACCUACACCUUUGGCCCUGAGACACAAGCCAAUAUUACAGCUGGACCAGAAGAUGGUUCUCCCGGUCCCCCUCUGGAGCCUGCUAUUACUGAAACAGCGUCGGCCCUGACUGUUCGAUGGGCACAGGGUGACCCUGGAGUUGGACCAAUAACAGGCUAUGUCAUCGAGGCCCGACCUUCAGAUGAAGGACUGUGGGAUACAUUUGUGAAGGAUAUUCCCGGUGCUGCAACUUCACACGUAGUCAGCCGAGACCAACUGAAGCAAGGAGUGAGUUAUGAAUUUCGGAUUAUUGCAGCCAACAAGUUUGGGUAUGGGGAGCCAAGCACACCCUCCAUUGUGAGAUCAGCAGCUCAGAUGGCCAAUCCUCCAUUUUACGAAGAGUGGUGGUUCCUGGUGGUGAUUGCUCUCUGCAGCCUGAUUCUCAUUCUGCUAAUGGUGUUUGGACUGGUCCUACACGGGCAGAGCAAGAAGUACAAGAACAACAACGCAGGUAAAAAUACUUCAAGUGUGGAAGAGACACUAACCUUGGAUAAUGGAGGAUUCACAGCACUAGAGCUGAAUAGUAGACACCUGACUGUCAAGAGUUCUUUCUGUAAGAAAAAUGGCACCAGGUUUCCACCACGACCAAGUCCAGGAGGACUGCACUAUUCUGAUGAGGAUCUGUGUAAUAACUACAAUGGAGCUGUACUAACAGAGAGCACAACUCUGACAGAGAAACCCACGGAAAUGUCAGAGUCAGAGGCGACCGACAGUGAUUAUGAUGGUGAAUUGCCAAAAAGUACACACUCAUUUGUGAACCAUUAUAUGAGUGAUCCCACCUACUACAAUUCAUGGAAAAGACAGCCAAAGGGGCUUUCCAGAGCGUCAGCCUACACUUACGAGGAGUGCACAGAUGUCGAACAGGAGCCCUUCUAUCCUACUGUGAUCACAACACAGAGUACAGGAGGUGCCUACACACCCACGGGGCAGCCUGCCUCGGGAUCACGGACUCCUGUGACAGGGUUUUCUUCUUUCGUUUGAUAUUCAAAGAUGCACAGCAUUGAGACAAUUCCUCAAAUGUUCCUUGACUCAAUGGACCAAUAUGCCAAAUAAAGUGACUCACAAUUCCAGAUGUGGAAAAAAAGUGGGCUAA